AUGUAUCACCCGACAAUGUUGUUCAUCGCCUUCUUGCUCGUCCUGCAGUUUGCAUCAGCAGUCACGCUCGACGAUUUCACUCCACGCUUGGACGACUUGACCGGCGCCUGCCAGACCAUCUACACUUCCGACAUCAACGGCUGCGAUGGUCAAGAUUUCCAAUCCAAAGAGUGCUCUCCUUCUUGCCUCUCGGCCUUACUUUCAGUGGGAUCCGCUGUCAAAAGCUCUUGCCAAGGUCAACACUAUGGUGGCAGUAAUAUCAUCUCUGCUUUCAUGAAGGGCCAGGGUGUUUCAGAACUCUGUGACAAUGCCGCCAGCGCAACUCAAGCUAGCAGUGCUCAAAAAAUCCCGGCAUCAUUCUCAAUCGGCUCCAGCACCAUGACUGUCAGCGACAUGACCCCUACUAGCACUGGUAUCAUAGUCGAUACGUCCAGCUUGAGCACCAGUUUCGUCACCGCGCUUAGUACCGCUACGAUCCAGCCUCUUCCUCAAUACAGCAGUUCCAGCAGCGCCGACCCUGCUGUGUUUACUGGCGUCACAUCUACCAUCACCGGAACAUCGCUCGCCUUCGCCACCAGCACACCAUCGUCAGUGCUCAUGGCCACCGAGACUGCGAUUUCAUCAACACAAGCUGCUAAGCACACUCAGACCGAAGAUGGCAGCGGCGGUACUCCCUUCGACACAUCAUCUGCAGCCCACAGAAGCAGCGCUUCCGACUUGGCACUGCUGAGCGGUGUCUUCGCCUUCAUGUUCUUCUAUUGA